GAGGGAGAGCGAGAGCUGAAGACUUGUUGAGGUCGCUCGGAAAUGGCGUCGGCGGCAGGAGUACCCCCAGGAUUCCGAUUCCACCCCACGGAUGAGGAACUCCUGCAUUACUACCUGAAGAAGAAGGUGUCGUUCCAGAAGUUCGAUCUUGAGGUGAUAAGGGAGGUGGACUUGAAUAAGAUGGAGCCUUGGGAUUUGCAAGAGAGGUGCAGAAUCGGGUCGACACCGCAGAACGAGUGGUACUUCUUCAGUCAUAAGGACAAGAAAUAUCCGACUGGGUCGAGGACAAACAGGGCGACCAAUGCAGGGUUCUGGAAGGCGACGGGGAGGGACAAGUGCAUAAGGAACAGCUACAAGAAGAUAGGGAUGAGGAAGACGCUGGUGUUCUACAAAGGUCGAGCGCCCCACGGCCAGAAGACGGACUGGAUCAUGCAUGAGUAUCGACUCGAGGAGAACGACGACGUUCAAGGAAGCGAAGAAGGGUGGGUUGUCUGCCGAGUGUUUAAGAAGAAGAGCUUCUUCAAGCUGGGAAACGAAGGCGGCAGCAACGGCAUGUGCAUGGACCAAGAGGGCAACGGCGGGGAUCACUUCGGCGCCGAUCAGCUCCACCUCGCAGGGGGGGGCCACAAAGAUCACAUGCGCUUCAUGACCCAGCCAGGCCACCACCACAACGGCGCCGUCGACCACCAACCGGGCUUCGACCACGCCGGCGGCCUCCAGUACGCCGGUGCACCUGCUGCUCAUAUCAAUAACCCCCUGAACAUGCCGCCCCCAGAAGCGCACCAGCUGCACGGCCAGAAGCUCCUCGGCUACAACUUCUGCGGCAGCGCCGCCCCUCCCGCCACUUCUCUCCUUGCUGCUAAGCAGUUUCUGGCCUGCAACCAGAGGGCGCAUGUCGGCUACCAACAGUGUGAAGGAGGAGGGAUGGAGGCCGCCACGAGCGCGGGGGGAGGUGCCCAACUCGUGGAAAUGAGAGAUCAUGAGAAUUUGAACGACUGGGCUCAUGUGCUUGAUAAAUUUGUCGGUGGUGGGCAGAUAAACCAGGAAGAGGACGCUUCCAGGGUCAGGUUUGGAGAUGCCAACUCUACUUCCACACACCAAAUGAAUCCUCUCUCCUUGAGAGAGAUGGAUUUAUGGACAUAUGGGAAGUAA